AUGUCGAAGCGGAGUUGGCAAGAGGCCAAUCUUCCUUCCCCGCGAGGCCCAAUUACCAACUUGCAACGGACAGGCUCCUCGGUGUCGCCUCAGUCCUACAACUCACCAGGCCAGGCGCUCUCGCCAAAGAAGAGCCGUAGCUCUUUUGACGAGCCUCCUCUCAUAGCCAAAGCCCCUCCCAAAGCACCACAACGAACCAACUCCGCCAAUGGCGCCCAGGCCGAUUCCAAGUUACCAGGAAUAUCGAGAAAGGUCAAAGCAUGCGCAGCUUGUCGCAAACAAAAGAUCAAAUGUAUCAUGAUUGGCGAUCCCCCGUGUCAGAGAUGCAAGGAGCGAGGAUUGUCAUGUCGAUUGAACAAGAGCUUGCAGACCCUCAUGUCGGAAGACUCCAAAUGGAAGUCUGCAGUCACCAAAGAUGUAACUGCGCUGUACUCUGCCGUGGAAGAGAUAGUACGAACGCUGCAGCUGUCCCCUUUGCCGCAGAUGCUCGUUUCGACCCAAGACCCUGCCAUCUUCUUCGACCAGGAAGAUCAAGGCAACGAUCAAGAUGAUGAGGAUCAGUCGCUCGACAACUCGCCAAAAGUCACGCCAGUCGCAGACAAUCUAUCCCAUGUACCAAUUGAAUCGCUCUAUCAGAUUACAGGCAUGCGGUCUCUACGCGCGACCGAGAACAUCACAGAAGACCAGUCGCGGAUAUGCAAGCAACUGCGUGACACUGACUUCAUUGCACGAGGUCUGAUCAAGCAAGAAGAUGCUGAGCAUCUGGCCAACUACUACCUCAGCAAGCUCGACCCAUAUAUCUGGCAUAUUUGUCCUGACUACAAAGACCUCGAUUCCUUCCGGCGACGCUCUCCCACUUUGACGGCCUGCGUUCUGUCAGUUGCCGCUCUUCAUGACACCAAACUUGGGCAUUUAUACGCCAUCUGUAAUAAAGAGUACCGAAGGCUGGUUGCCAAUGCUAUGUUCGAGAGGAAAAUCGAUAUGGAAUAUUUGAGAGCACUUGUACUGGGGUCAUACUGGUUAAGCGAUAUCUCCUGGACUUUAUCUGGAUAUGCUAUUCGUCGCGCCAGUGAAUUUCACCUUCGACAAUAUUACCACGAAAUUUCCGAAUCUGUCAAAUCACCUGAAAAGGUGGAUCAGGAGAAGCUUCAAGAGGCGAUUGACGGCAUCAGAGUGCUUUACUUGCUCUACAUCUGUGAUCACCAUCUCUCCAUCCUCUACGGACGAUCAUCGAUCAUGCGGGAUAACGAAAGUUACAUUACUGGAUGGGAGGCGUAUCUGGCGUGCUCACUAUCAACCGACGCUGAUCGUAGAAUUGCCGGUCAAAUUUGCCUGAUGUAUCUAAUGAAUCAAAUACGCGAAACUUUAGGUCCGGAAGAUACAGGGUCGGUGCUGCCAGCCUCUGCACUGACUAAGAUUGCUGGGUUCGAGAGGGACUUGGAUGAUUGGAUAGCCAGGUUUUCUCGACAUAACCCAAGUCAAUGGAUAGGCAAUUGGCCCAAUAAAGGCGCCAUCAUGCACUACCAUUGGGCCAAGUUGUACCUUCAAUCGUAUGUGCUUCGAGGUCUGCCAGACAGCGGUGCUGUUAUCCCAGAACACUUCUUGGAAAACGCGUCGGCGGCAGUUGCUGCUGCAACAGCAAUCAUCAAUUUGCUACUGGACGACAAAGACGCACAAAUAGCUAUUGCUUACGUCCCUCAUCAUGUCCACGGCAUGAUCGCGUUCGCUUGCAUGUUCCUGCUAAAGAUCGCCACAAAGUUCAGUGCGCAGCUCUUCUUGGACACUGUUCGUUUCCAACGGCUCAUAAAUGCACUGGCGCAGCAUUUCAAAUCGACAGAUGUCGGAAAGGAUCACCUGAUACACAGAAUGGCAGAAGGCCUAGAGAAGAUGGCCGAAACACUUGGAGGUCCAGCUCGACCUAAGAAUCGAAAGGUCAAUGGGGCGCAGUCGAAACCACCAGUGAUAUCUCCAAGUCAGCCAGUGAUGGACGAAAACGCAGAGGCUAUGACGAACGGGCAGGCUGAUGUGCCCGACUAUAAUGCCCUGGACCCUGCUGCAUUUGAUUUCGGCGACCCUGCGUUAGGACUGGGAAUGCCAUUUUUUGAUUUUGAGGGAACGACUGUUGGUAUGGGUGACAACAUGUGGAACUUUAACAACUGA